AGGCUGAGUGGUGGUUAUAUAGACCGGCGGCGGAGCACGCGUGUGUGCCGACGCAGUUGCGUUAGGGUUUUCUGCUAUCCGUCCUGCUGUGGAGCAAAGCUUGUUCCUCUCCCGCUCAGCCGCACAGGUUGAAUUGACCAAAGCAAUGGUUAUGGAGAAGCCUAGUCCCCUGCUGGUCGGGCGGGAAUUUGUGAGACAGUAUUAUACACUGCUGAACCAGGCCCCAGACAUGCUACACAGAUUUUAUGGGAAGAACUCUUCUUAUGUCCAUGGAGGAUUGGAUUCAAAUGGAAAACCUGCAGAUGCAGUCUAUGGACAAAAAGAAAUCCAUAGGAAAGUGAUGUCACAAAACUUUACCAACUGCCACACUAAGAUUCGUCAUGUUGAUGCACAUGCUACUCUAAAUGAUGGUGUGGUGGUCCAGGUGAUGGGGCUGCUCUCUAAUAACAACCAGGCUUUGAGGAGAUUUAUGCAGACAUUUGUCCUUGCUCCUGAGGGCUCUGUUGCAAAUAAGUUUUAUGUUCACAAUGAUAUCUUCAGAUACCAAGAUGAAGUCUUUGGUGGCUUUGUCACUGAGCCUCAGGAGGAAUCUGAGGAAGAAGUAGAAGAGCCUGAAGAAAGACAGCAGACACCGGAGGUGGUUCCUGAUGAUGCUGGAACUUUCUAUGAUCAGACUGUCAGCAAUGAUUUAGAAGAACAUUUAGAGGAACCUGUUGCUGAACCAGAGCCUGAUCCUGAACCAGAACCGGAGCAAGAACCUGUAUCUGAAAUCCAAGAGGAAAAGUCUGAGCCCAUAUUAGAAGAAACUGCUCCUGAGGAUGCUCAGAAGAGUUCUUCCCCAGCUCCUGCAGACAUAGCUCAGGCAGUACAGGAAGACUCAAGGACAUUUUCUUGGGCAUCUGUGACCAGUAAAAACCUACCACCCAGUGGAGCUGUUCCAGUUACUGGGAUCCCACCUCAUGUUGUUAAAGUCCCAGCUUCACAGCCCCGCCCAGAGUCUAAGCCUGAGUCUCAGAUUCCACCGCAGAGGCCUCAGAGGGAUCAAAGAGUGCGAGAACAGCGAAUAAAUAUUCCUCCACAGAGGGGCCCUCGACCAAUUCGUGAGGCUGGUGAGCAAGGUGAUGUUGAACCUCGAAGAAUUGUGAGACACCCUGAUAGUCACCAGCUCUUCAUUGGCAACCUGCCUCAUGAGGUGGACAAAUCAGAGCUUAAAGAUUUCUUUCAAAGUUAUGGGAAUGUGGUGGAGCUGCGCAUUAACAGUGGUGGGAAAUUACCCAAUUUUGGUUUUGUUGUGUUUGAUGACUCUGAACCUGUUCAGAAGGUUCUUAGCAACAGGCCUAUCAUGUUCAGAGGUGAAGUCCGUCUGAAUGUGGAAGAGAAGAAGACCCGAGCCGCCAGGGAAGGAGACCGUCGAGAUAACCGCCUGCGGGGACCUGGAGGCCCGCGAGGUGGGCUGGGUGGUGGAAUGAGAGGUCCUCCCCGUGGAGGCAUGGUGCAGAAACCAGGAUUUGGAGUAGGAAGGGGCAUUGCUCCAAGGCAGUGAAUUCCUCUUCACUGAUCAUCACGCAGCAGUACAAACCCUAGCUCCUGCAGAAGAGUGAAUUUCUUCAACCAGCCUUUGGCCUUUGGUAUCUUGGAGUAUGACCCUAGUCUGUUAUAAACUGCUUAAGUUUGUACACUUUUACUCCUUUUUGUUUUAAUGGUGUGUGAGCCCUUCCCUCCUCCCUUCCUCUCCUGAUCUUUUAGUCCUUCACUUCCAAUUUUGUGGAAUGAUAUUUUAGGAAAACGGAUUUUUAAAGAAGAAAAAAAAGACUGAAUUUCCUUGCUUACUUUGCAUAUAUAGACUGGAUUUUUUUUUUUUUUAACAGCCAUUUCCCCAAAGGAAUGUGUCUUGCUUAUUACUGACAUUUGGUAUGUUUCAUUCAUUGGAAUAUUUCUUACUUAUUUUCUACGUGUUUCAAACGCCUGUAAGAAAUACAGGAUUUGAUAAAACAUUUUGAAGGCAAGAAAAACUGAAAUGAGUCAUGACUACCUUCUGGUGUGGAGAAAUUUCAUUGGAAAAAUUGACAAUUUUGGUUUUCGUUGGUAUGGUUAAAAACAAUAAAAAGUGUUAAGUUUUUUGUUUUGAUAUCACUAAACAAUUUCAAAACCUGUUUUUUUUACCAUUGAAGUUUAAAUUGUGAGAUAAGUGUUAAAUGUCUGGAAAGCAACUGAUAUUCUCAUGUAAUAUUUUUUUGAAGUAGAGUUUUUCCAUGUUUAGUUUGUAUUUGUAAAAAAAACAAAACAAAACAAAAAAACCUCCCAAAUCCAGAUAACAACAGCAACAACAAAAAAAACAAAACUGUUGUGCCUUCUAUUUAUCUUUGACUCCAUUCUUGGCAAUUGUUUAAAGAAAAAUAAUAAAAACAAAUCUAGAUUUGUUUUAUCAGGUUCAGAGUAUGUGAGGAAUUUUAGAGUCCCUUUUUACCUUGUAUCUUUUGUUAACAUUUGUUUAUGCCUUAUUCUGAAAUUGAGUCUCAAACUGGAAUGCCUUUGAGGUCCUUUGACCUAAAUAUUUCAGCAUUUGUAUUGUUUUUCAGUAUCUAAUCAGAUUCCUGGUCACAGCCCAUGACAAAGAAUUGACUUUAAUUGGACUUUGCUGAUGUGCUUCAGUGUCUGCUAGUUUUUUUUUUUUCCUCCUCUAAAUCAUAGCCAUGUGAUAAAUUUUCUAUUUUGUUAUGAUUCUCUUUUGUUGAUGGGCAUGCAGUGGGUGUUUCUUGGAAUGGCCAAUUUUUAUUAAAAUAUUUCUGGAAGAAAAUUUAA